UUUUGUUUUAUUUUUAUCUGGAUAUGAAAGUGUAGGGGAGUGUAAUUUCAGCAGAAAAUUAGCUACAGGAUGUUCUUAUGAUAAUAAGCCAAACAGACAUACAAAAACGGAUGGGGAGUGCCUAUUAUUCACACUACAGCAUUUAAUUUAAAACAAAGGAGGAGGGAGGGAACAUGUCGGCCCGAGAUAUUUGGAGGCUGAAACUCCUCUUAGCCCUAGUAGCAAAUGACAAAUUGUAUUAUAGGAACUGCAGACCGGCAACAUCUAAAGACGCACAUUCCUCACUUCCAAAUUAAAAGUACCAUACAUCUUCUUUUCAAUCCGUGGCAAGGGGGUUUCCAUGAAUAAAACGACACCCUGAAUAAAUGUUAAUUUUAACGAUCUCAGCAAUCGGAAUGUUAACGACCGCAGCAAUCAAACAAUGGAGCCAAUCAAGAAGGCGAGAUAGUUGAAUUAUCUGACCCAGGUGGGGACACCGAGACAAAGAACCGUGCCCGCUAUUCACUGGCUGGCAUUUAAUCCCCACUCGGGGUAUUUAAGUCUUGGGCCUUGAACCGCUAUUCCCGAUUCCUGCACCACAGCAGUGGGGCUGCUUCCACCGCCUCUCCCUUAGCCGUUAUUGCCGCCACGCGCCUCAGGCAGCCCUCCUCUUCGAACAUGAGCAGCAACGGCAACCAGCUCCCCAGGCCCGACGGCAUAAACCGCCACUUCUGGGAAAUGCUGGCCUUGCUGGCCAAGGAGCCGGCCUUAGCGUGGCUGCAGGAGGUCCUUUCGCAGGGGAGCGCGGCCCAGAAGCAGAGCCCGCAGGCAGAGGCCGCGACGGCCACGGCGGCGACUCCAGCCUCUGCCGCCGCCUUCCCACCCGGCGCAAGGCCUCCUCAAGAAAACCCCGCCGUCUUCCGCGCAGCGAGGGCGGCGCCUCUACCGCGAGGAACGCAGAGCGAGCAGGCCGCGGCGCGCGAGACGACAGAGAACCGCGCGCCGAUCGAAGAGACUUUUAUAAGCCAGGCCCACUCUACCUUUAGGCAACGAUUGUCAGGCCCUUGGCCUCUUGAAGCCCUAAAAUUUGAAAUGUGUGCAGGGCAUCCCAAGAUUUGGAAAACUUGCAACAUGAGCUUGAAAUGUUUCAUCGCUUUCCGGCAAGAAGAAGGAUUGCCUUCAACUUGGCCACUUCCAGCCAACCAGAUCCAAAGAUUCAUUUUGUCCAUGGAUGUACAGGGAUUGCCUCCAUCUGUCAUACAAAUGUACGUUGCAGCCCUUUCUUCCAUGUCUCGUCUGCUUGAUUUCCCAGAUCCUCUCCAGGACUUCUCCACUUGGUGCAUGAUGGAAAACUUGCAGCAGCAAACAGGACUUCCUACUCCCCUAACCAUGGAAGUACUUGGAGGCUUAGUGGGCUCACUUGAAGAAGUCUGCAGUAACCUCUAUGAAUGCCUUCUAUUUCGAGCUGCAUUUGUCCUGUCUUUCUUUUUGGCUUUGCAGCCAGAGGAGGUAGCUGUGGAAAGCUGUGCUUCUCCACACCCAGACCUCUUGUACAUGAGUGACUGUGAGAUCCAGCAGGACAGUAUUGGCCUUCGCCUGUGCACAUCAGAGACUGGCCUGGAACGAUCCAUGUAUCGUUUUGCACGCUCACCUGGUGAUCAGCUGUGUCCUGUUGCUAUCCUCCACAGUUACUUGGCAGUAAGGCCACAUGGGGAAGGACCCUUAUUCAUGUACAUUGAUGAGCAUCCACUGCCAAGGGAACACUUUUUGAUCAUCUUUUAUUCUGCUCUGAGGAGACUUGGUCUCCCAUGGGAGCAGUACAAUAUGCACUCCUUCUGGUUUGGUUCCAUCGUGACUGUAGUGAAACAUCGGUGCCCUGGCACAAUAAUUCGUCAUUUAACAAGAUGGCAACGUAGGGGCAUUCGACGACGACAAGAUGGCCAACGCUGAACACCUGCUGAAAGAAACCAUAUUGAUAGUUCAGUGUCUUGCAUGACAACUUAACAGGCUUACCCGUUUUUAAACUGCAUUUGUUUUGGAAAAGCAUAGUUUCUGAUGCUUGCAUCUUGGAGUUCAUAGAUUAGUCUAUCAUUUGAAACAGUAUUGAUUACAAUAAACAAUCUAUAAAACAUA